AUGGAGGAAACAGUGCAAAAGAUUUUUAAAGCGCAAGACACAAGAACACAGUUGUAUAAAGAGUUUGAAGAGGCAUUGAAGGCAAAUCAUGAAAAAACAAUUGGAUUGGAGCAAAUGGGAAUCGUUGUCCAACUUGUAACAGAAGGUUUAAAUGAGGUUUCCUUAGAUAUCAGAAAGCUUCAAGCGAGUUUAAGCAGCCCUCAGUUACAGAGUUACGUGGAUCAACUGCAAGGAUUGGAGCAAUCCAAAUUACAAAAGACAAUAAAAAUUGAACAGUUAUCCCUGCCUUCAAAUAUCAAAGAUCAUAGUUCAGAAACUGAACAGCUAAAAGAAGAGAUUAAUGCUUUAAUUUUGAAGAUCAAUGAUACAAUUCAGAGUAUAAAGGACGAACUUUAA